AUGCUUGAUAGCAAGGCAUGUCUGGAUGUUGGAAAGUCAUCUUUAAAUGCAUCCAUCCAAGGAGCAAAAGUGGACAAUCAGAUCCCUCCUUCCUCAGUCAUAAGGACCACGGUAGCUUGUGGCCUGAAGGGGAUACAGGCUUUGAUACUUAUCUUGAUUGCUGGAAGUGUUAAUGCCCAAGUGACUGCUGUCAACCAUGAGGGGUUGAAACUAAGGAAGAAUGUUAUUAAACGUGAAAUUGGGUGCAGGGAAGGCCUGCAUCCUGCAGACCAAAGUCAUGAGAACCAUCUGUGCUGUCAGCCGUGUCCUGCUGGCAAAAGGAAAAUUGCUGACUGCAAAGUCCAUGAAGGAAAACCAGAUUGUAUUCUCUGCAAAGAAGGGGAAGAUUACACAGAAAAGGAAAAUUAUUUAGAUAAAUGUAUCAAAUGUGAUCUUUGUGAUGGAGGACAUGGCCUCGAAGUGGAAAAAAACUGUACUCGAAACCAGAAUGUCAAGUGCAGAUGUAAAGCAGACUUUUUUUGUAAGAAUUCUUCAUGUGACUACUGUGAACCUUGCAUGACGUGUGAACAUGGAACCAUUGAGAAAUGCACAUCAACUAGUAACACUAAAUGCAAAGAAAAAGAGAACUCAUACACGCUGUUAUGGCUCCUGGUCACACCUGUAGUAAUUGGAAUACCUGGAAUAAUUUACGGGGUGAUAAAGUAUAGAAAGCAUAAAAGAGGAACAUACGGGAAUCCUGAAUCUACUGAAAUGAGGCCACUGAAUUUCACAGAUGUUGAUCUCAGUAACUAUAUCACUUAUAUUGCUGAAGAAAUGACAAUAAAUCAAGUUAAAGAUUUUGUUCGAAAGAAUGGUAUCCAUGAAGCUAAAAUGGAUGAGAUCAAGAAUAACUAUUCCCAUGAUACAGCAGAACAAAAGGUCCAACUGCUCCGUAAUUGGUAUCAACUUCAUGGGAAGAAAGAUGCAUGUAACACUUUGAUUAACAAUUUAAGAAAAGCCAAUCUCUAUGCUGUUGCAGAAAAAAUUCAGGAGAUACUUAAGAAGGACAUUGCUAGUGAUAAUGAAAAUACAAACUUCAACAAUGAAAAUGAAAGUCAAAGCUUGACCUAG